AGGCGGAAAGGUCCAGCUUCCAGCUCCGCGCCGAAGCCAUGACAGGCGGCGCCGGCUUUCACAGCCUGUAUUGAUGCCAACGCAUCCAGCCUCGUGCUCGCUCUAGACGCCGAGGGGCUUGAGGGGCGUAGUGAAGCAUGGUGCUGAAGGGAAACGGAGGAAGCACGACUCAAUAAAUCCACCCUUCCUCAACCCCGGGUCGUCUAUAAAGUCAGCCUGACUCCGAGCAAAAGCGAUUACCUCUGCUUCCUUCAUCACCAGUAUCUUUUCAUGAUGAAGAAAAUUCAGGUUCAGGCCCGUAAAAACAACCCCGAGUCUGAAGAGCGCAAAGACUUGGUCGAUGCUCCCUCCGAGGCCGGACCCUCGACACGGAUAUGUUCGUUCUCACCCACCCGCGGUUCCUCUCCUCCCAACGCCCCCUCUACCUCUGACCAUUCUUCUCCUCUCCCCGCUGCCAACGAGCCAGCUACGCCUGGUGUGGUAGACGCACCCGGUGCCCCUGCUGUACUUGAACCAGCAGAUGCGCCUGAUGCCGCUGCUACCACGACCGCCUCCGAACCCACGGAAGACACUUUGGCCUUGAAUUCCUUCACGGCUGUUGCUCCUGUCCAUUUUUCUAUCUGGGCAAUCCAACCGCUGUAGAAGCUUAGUGCUUCCAGUGUAAUUGUCGUGGGUCAAGCUGCCCGCCAGCAUUAUCUGGAUAGUAGUAGAAUUGACACGAAGAAGGAAGUAGAGAUAAUCGUUCUAACCCAAGAGGCACCGGUUUCACUGAAGAAAACUCUCAUCGAA